UUUUAUUUUUUUGCGUUUCGUGUUUCGUGUUUGCGAUGUGUGGGCGCGCAGCGUGUGCAUUGGCUCCUCAUCGGUUGCAGCAGGCGACUGGCGUGGCGAGCUCCGACAACUGGGCGCAGAGCGACAAGUAUCGACCAUCGUACAAUGUCGGACCUGGUCGCUUCCAACCAGUCAUGCUCGCCUCAAAGCACAACCCAGGCACGCGCGAAUUGCGCUGCAUGACAUGGGGCCUCAUCCCGUCGUACACCAAGCAGCGCGGCGAUUUCUCGACUCUGCUCAAGACGAUCAACGCCCGGGCAGAUCGCCUCCAAGAGAGCGGUGUCUAUCGCCGCCUCGUCAACAAGAAGCGAUGCGUCCUCCCGGUGACUGGGUUUUUCGAAUGGCUCAAGAAGGGCAAGGACCGCAUUCCGUACUUUAUGUUCCGCAAGUCUUGCGCGACUGUGGCCAAUCCGGAAGAGUUUCAGCCGCUGUUUUUCGCCGGCCUGUACGACGUGUGGUAUCCCGACACUCCCCGCAACCCGCAAGAGAAUGCUCCUCCGCCGACCCAGACCGAGAUCGAAGAGACCGAUCUGCACCUCGGACAAGUCGACGACGACGACGACGACGGCGACCACGAGGCAAACGCAGCCGAUGCGGAACACGAGCCGGAAGCCGAAACACAGCACGAACCGGAAAGCGAUCAGAAACCAGACAUCCAGAAACCAACGCCGGAAUUCAGCUACACAAUCAUCACCGUGGACAGCGAUCCCGAUCUGCGCUGGCUGCACGAUCGCAUGCCCGUGAUUUUGCAAUCGCAAGAGGAAAUCGAUCAGUGGCUCAACCCAGACCUCGACUUUCGCGCAGUCCAGCACCUCUUGCGGCCGGCACACAACUUUCUGCAAUGGUAUCAGGUUCCUCACGAUGUCAACAAGGUCGGCAACGAUCUCCCCACCAACGUGCGCCCAAUCAAGGAAGCCAGCAAAAUCACCAGCUUUUUCAAGGUCCUGCCAUCGCCCAAGAAACAACAGGCAUGUGCAUCCGAGUCCGAGUCGUUCGCAGCGUCCCCAAGCAAGCUGCAGGCCAAGCUUCCCGCGGACGCGGCCGAGUCGAGCGGAGCUGCUUCCUCGACAGAAGAAGCGCCCGCAUCACCAGAAAUUGUCUAUUCCCGGCCUCCUCGACCCGAGAAUGCAGCGUUCAAGCGAUCAUUGUCCACCUCGGCCGACAGCGACAGCGAGCACGAAACCGCCAACACGCAGCUCAUUCCGCCUCCCAAACGCGUUCAUCUCGACGCUUCUCCAGAUCGAUCUCCAAAGCGCGCCUCGCCAGGCAAGUCUCGCAGCCCGCGGAGCGCACGGCGGUCGCUUGUUGGGGAGGACCCGUAUGCGGACAACGACAACGACGACGAUUAUUCUGAUCAGCAUUCCGCAUCCGCCGAAGAAGUUUGCGUUGUCGACGAGGCUGCGAUGAGCGAGCUGCAAGCGAUGGGAUUUCCCGAAGAGGUAGCGCGCCACACACUGCUCGCCUUUAACAACGACCUUCCUCGCGCAAUCAAUUCGCUGCUGUCCGAUUGAUGUUUGCAUGAGUUUGCUCUCAAAAUUUCUUGGUAUUUGCUCUGAAUGCACAUGUACAUACACACUUGAAACGAAACAAAAAAAAAAACCCAAACAAACAAACAAAAAA